AAGGGUCCAGUUCCAGUGAUGCUUAAUGAUUCAGGAUGAAUUUGUCCUGUAGGCGCGGCCGUAGAUAACACACAAGUGUCGUCAUCAUCAUCUUCUCCUCCCAAUUCCCAAUUCCCAAUUCCCGAUUCCCAAAGCCCAAGCACAGGUAUGUAAUGAAGAGCAUGGAAGGUGGAACCAAGUCCUAAAGAUAGGGAGAGAGGCAUCUUCGCGAAAGUCCAAGGCUGACUGAAAUUAGAAUCAGCCAGGGCAUGGGGCUGAGCCGCUGAGUUUAGGAUAACGAAGAUCAUGGUGUCCAUGCUGACCUAAGAGACCCGAAUUCAUCUCUCUCUUGUCUGUUUUGGUUGGUGGGUUUUUUUCAUAUAUAUAUGGCAACGGCGUCUCUUAUUCACGCUCGUUGCCGUUACUCUUCGAGGCUUCAUCUAAAAAAUGGAGGGCAUGGACAUGGACAUGUAGGAUCCUCCUCUCAUUCUUAUUCUUCGCCUCCUUCCUCUUCGCAUUCUUGUUCCUCCUUUUAUCAUCGUCAGGGUUUGACCUUCUCUGGCAUAAACAGUACUUGGAAGCAUAAAAGCCUCAGAGCUCAAGCUAUGAGUACCACUCAAGGAAAUGCUGCAUCACCCAGGGGCUUUAUGCAUGGGAAGCAUGAACCUGAUCAUCUCCUUGUCCUUGUUCAUGGCAUCUUGGCUAGCCCAAGUGAUUGGACAUAUGCAGAAGCAGAGUUGAAAAAGCGUCUGGGAAGAAACUUUUAAUUUAUGGUAUGUUCUUCAUCUAAUACUUACACAAAAACCUUCGGUGGGAUUGAUGGAGCUGGAAAACGAUUAGCGGAUGAAGUUAUGCAAGUUGUGCAAAAGACACAGAGCUUAAAAAGGAUCUCCUUUUUAGCCCAUUCCCUUGGUGGUUUGUUUGCAAGAUAUGCAAUUGCUGUCCUGUAUACACCAAACACUUCAAGCAUUAGUCAAUCUGAUGAUCUUAAGAAUUCUAAGAAAGAAAAUUCACAAUCAUCAUGCUCUUCAAGACGAGGUAUGAUUGCUGGAUUGGAGCCAAUCAAUUUUAUUACCUUGGCAACUCCACAUCUAGGGGUGAGAGGGAAAAAGCAGCUUCCAUUUCUACUGGGGGUUCCCAUCUUAGAAAAAAUUGCUGCACCAAUUGCUCCUAUUUUUGCUGGUCGAACUGGAAGUCAGCUAUUUCUCACUGAUGGUAAACCCAACAAACCACCUCUUCUUCUGAGGAUGGCAUCCGACUGUGAAGAUGGAAAAUUUAUAGCUGCUCUGGGCGCAUUUAGCUGUCGCAUUCUUUAUGCUAAUGUCUCUUACGAUCAUAUGGUUGGAUGGCGCACAUCCUCUAUUCGUAGGGAGACAGAACUUGUUAAGCCCCCUCGCCGUUCUUUGGAUGGUUACAAGCAUGUUGUAGAUGUGGAGUAUUGUCCACCAGUUUUGUCUGACGGUCCCCAUUUUCCUCCAGAAGCAGCCAAAGCAAAGGAGGCAGCACAAAAUGCUCCCAGCACACAAAGUACAGUAGAAUAUCAUGAAAUUUUGGAAGAGGAAAUGAUACAUGGCUUACAACAGCUAGGAUGGAAAAAAGUUGACGUCAGCUUUCAUUCAGCCUUCUGGCCCUUCUUCGCCCAUAACAACAUUCAUGUGAAAAAUGAAUGGCUCUACAAUGCUGGUGUGGGAGUGGUUGCUCAUGUUGCUGAAAGCCUGAAGCAACAAGAAUCUUCUACAUUCAUUGCUGCUAACUUAUAGCAAAGUGUGAGUGCCUAUACAGCUGAAACAUGUUUGUACAAUGAUGCAAUAUAACAAUUCAUAAUUUUAUUUAUCUUGGUCAUUGAUAAAAUCUCUCUCUCAUGAUGUUGGCUUACCAAAUGAUUUACUCUUUUGCUAGAAAGUUGGAACUGCAUCACCCCUUUUUUAAUGCAUGCUGAAGCAUUUGUCUUACUAAGUUUACGUUUUUCUGCCAGAAGGGCCUCUUUUGUGUCAUUGUGUCUACAACAUCUAUGUAUACUUUUCACUGAAGUGCCUUUUAUGCACACAUAAAGAUUUAGAAUAAAUCACACAUUCACAUAUUUUUGUUUGUAUCUCUCUCACAGACUUGUGUGUUAUGUAUACCAUAAAUUGUAGAAUAAAAAUUUAAUUUUGU